AUCUCUGUAUUUCGUAGUGAACUCGCCAUCAGGUCGGAUCACAUCUUCAGCCUAAAGUCAUCUUAGAAAGACAAAUUUUUCACGGUGAUACGUGCCCAAAGGAUCUACUAUUGGGGCGAAUACGAUAAUCGGUACCAAUUUAGAUUCAAAAUGGCGCCAAAUUUAUUCGGUUCAUCGGCGACAUUAUAUUUGGAGGCAUCACAACAAGAUGUUCACCAAGAAAAAUCAACGAUAGAAAAAGAAAAUAAUCAGAAAUUAGUCCAGAAGUCAUCGAGUUCCAAAUCGAAAUAUAAAUGGAAAAUCGUUUGGAGAAACGUGAUUGCAUUUAUUUAUUUUCAUCUUGGAGGUCUAUAUGGAUUCUAUCUUUGGGGUAAUGGAAGCACGAAAGCAUAUACAAUUUUAUGGACAAUUUUAGUGACAUUUUGUAUUGCAAUGGGCAUCACAGCUGGUGCCCAUAGAUUAUGGUCACAUAGAGCUUACAAAGCAAAGUGGCCCCUACGCUUCGUGCUGAUGCUUCUUCAAACAACCGCCUUCCAGAAUCAUAUUUACGAAUGGGUGAGAGACCACAGAGUUCAUCAUAAAUUCACAGAUACUGAUGCGGAUCCGCACAACGCACAACGAGGAUUCUUCUUCUCGCAUAUGGGUUGGUUGUUAGUCCGAAAGCAUCCAGAUGUAUUUAAAAAAGGUGCUACUGUUGAUUUGAGCGAUUUGGAAAAGGAUCCUAUUGUCGUCUGGCAAAGAAGAUUGUAUAUCGUGUUAAUGCCACUUUUAUGCUUUGUGGUCCCUGUGUGGAUACCUUAUUAUUUCUGGAAUGAAAAAUUUAUUAUUGCUUGGUAUACCAAUCUAGCAAGAUAUGUCUUCUCCUUGAACGCAACGUGGUUGGUGAACUCUGCUGCUCAUAUGUGGGGCAUGAGACCUUACGACAAAAAUAUUGGUCCGACGGAAAAUCUAACUGUAUCUAUACUUGGAUGUGGUGAAGGAUGGCAUAAUUAUCAUCAUGUAUUCCCAUGGGAUUACAAAGCCGGUGAAUUUGGCAACUACAACACUAACUUUUCUACUGCGUUCAUUGAUUUAUGCGCUCGAUUGGGAUUGGCAUACGAUAUGAAGACUGUUCCCGUCGAAGUGAUAAAAAAACGAGCCGCUAGAACUGGAGAUGGAUCGAGAUACAAUAAAAACGAAGGUAUUUAUCAUCAUAAUCAUGAGGAUAUGAAAUGGGGUUGGGGCGAUACAGAUAUGAAGCCCGAGGAAAUCCAGGAAGUCAAUAUUUACAACAAAGGCGAUUAAUCGAUUGUUUGAUAAAUAGCAUAAAUGACUGAUCGAUAGUGCACGGAUAGUCACUAAUUGGAAAAUAAUUAAUCAUUUAUUAUGUCAAUUAUUAUAAAAAUUAUUAGCAGUUUCUCGUUACUUGUUACUCCGUGAAGGGUCGAUUGCUUGGUCGAUAAUCUGAUUAAUAUAAUUUUGAUUAUCUGUUAAAACUCAUUAAACUAAGUAAGAUAAACACCAAACGAUUCGAUUCGAAUGAUUUACGGUAAGAUGAUUUUUCAUUUUCAUUGAAAUCUUUAUAAAAAAAAGGAAAGGCAAAAAAAAAAAAAAUGAAGAAGAGAAAUAAAAAAAGUUCUUCUGCUAGUAGUCGACUUUUCACUCGAGAAUAUAAAUUAAAUUCGUGACUUUUCGAUGCAGUUGUUCGAAAUGUCACGAUCUUUUUAUUAUUUUUUUUCUUCGGAUUAAUUGAUCUGGAGAAUCGGGUAUAUGGUAGUUAAUUGGUUAAUUUUAUUAAUUCUACGUUAUGUUGAAUGUGAUGGUGAUGUAUUUAUUUUGAAUAACGUAGAUUUAUCGUAACCAAAGCUAUUAAAGGAAUAUAUAGUAUAAUCAUUGAUCAACUUGUUAUAGGUACACGGAAAAAUAUACGCGCUAAAUAUUGAUUCCUAACGAUUAAUAAAAUUUAAGAUCUUUCGUGUGAUAUCAUGGGAUCGUAGGAUCGAUGAAAUAUAUUAGGAUCAGGGUUGUCGAGUAAAGUUUGAUUACUGGAAAAUUUAGAGAAAGUAAUAGUAUUAAUGAACUUAGUAGAAUAUUUGUGUUGUACUUCUAGAAUGAGGUAAAAACUUAUUCAAACAAUAGAUACAA